AUGGAGGAAAAUAGUCCUGUCAAGCAUAAACAUACAUCGAGAGUAAUCGACUCAUUGCAUUCUCAAAUAGAUACUUUGAAGACUGAGUUGGAUAGUGUCAGAAUCUCAAGUGACGAUUACAAGAAGAAGUACUCUCUUAUCCUGAAGAAAAAUGAAUCAUUCGUUGAUCAAUUAGCUAAUGCUAAGCACGAGAAUGAUAUGAUCAAUGCAUUGUUGAAGAGAAAGGAGCGUAGAAUUACGGAUUUGGAAGAUCAAUACAAUGAGUUAUCUUCUGCUAAUGAGUCUUUGGAGUUGAGCAAUAAGAAUAUGAGAAUCAGAUGCGAGAACUUACAGGAAUCAUCUGCCUCCUCUACUGCUGAAUUUGAAAGAUUAAAGAUAGCAUACGAUGCUUUGAUUGCUUCUCAGGUUGAAUACAAAAAACAUUACCAGAAGGAAGUAACUGCUUUGACUGCCCAAUUUGAGGCUUACAAAUUGGAAAACAACCAAAGAUUCGAAACUUUAUCUCAAAAGUUAUCUAACAACGACAAAGAUGUGGAUAUUCUAUUAGACAGUUUAUCUAACAAGAGAAAAACCAUGGACAACCUUUAUGUUAACAAGAAUAAGACUAUCUUAGAGCUCUUGACAAAGUUGGCAAAAGCAUCUAGGAUCCAUGGCCAAGAGUCUAAGGCCACACUUCAAGAUAGUGUUGAUACUAUUCAAGCAUUAAUUGCUAAACACCCCGAUUUACAAGCUAAAUUAUCACAACAUGAGAAGGUGGAUAUUGACUUGGAGGAAUUGUUGAACGAAUCUAGUGAAACUUUGUACAAUUGCUCCUUUGAUGAAGAGGCUACUAAGAAUUCAUCUAUUUCAAGAAGCAAUACCGUCCAAUCCAAGAGAAGAAAGAAUAAAAGAAACUCGUUGAGAUUCGACUCUAAAAGUGGUCCCGACUUCUCGUCUUUCAAU